UUAUAAAGAUGGCGCUGGCCGGCGGCCGCCAUUCGCCGCGCGAACCCUACGCGCACGCGCCCGCCUCGCGAGUGAACCAAUAAUUGACAGUUAAACUAUCAUGGCGGCCAAAUUUUACGUUGUAUGUUUGCUCGUAGCGACGGGCCUGGCGAUGGCGGCGGGCGCGCGCCCGCGGCCGCGCCUGCAUGCACAGCCUCAGGAGUAUGAGUACGAGCCGCAGGCGCAACAACGAGCUUCCAAUGAUCAGGUGGUUCUGGUGUCAGCGGACGAGUACAAUGCGCUGUACCGCGCCGACGACCGGCUCGACCAGUACGAACCGCGCGAGGCGCCGCGCGGGCCCGCGCGCCUGAAGACCCAGCCGCAGGAACCCAAGCAGCCGCCCGUGCAGACCAUCAGGAACUACAACAAGGUAAACGAUGACGGCAGCUUCACCUUCGGUUACGAAGCCGCCGACGGCUCCUUCAAGGAAGAGACUCGCGGCACCGACUGCGUCGUCCGCGGCAAGUACGGCUACGUGGAUCCCGACGGCAACAAACGAGAGUUUAGCUACGUCUCCGGCAACCCCUGCGACCCCAACAAGCCCAACGAGGAAGAGGAACCCGAAGCACCUGCCCCUGACUCCGCAGAACGCGACGACGGCGUGCCUAACUACCCAACAAGGCCCGCCCAUCGACCGACCACUACUCGACCCACUACGACCUACUUCCAAAACGAUUUCAGAGACGCUGAUGAGGAUGAAGUUGAAGAAGAACCUCUUCAACACAUUAGGCAGAGAGUGGUCCAGCGCCCGACCCCGAGACGGCCCUCGUAUCAGUCUCAGCAGAUCGCCAUUACCCCGAGACCUGUGCCAGUAACGACUCCACGCGCGCUGCCGCCUGCGACGACAUUCCGACCUCAAUUGAUUCAAGUAACCGCUAAACCCCAGUACAGCCCUGAACCUGAAUACUCGCCAUCUCCGAUUCCUAACUACUCGGCUUCACCUGCUCCCGCCGCAUACUCGCCUUCUCCAGCUCCUGCUGUGAUCACCACGACUAGACCUAGCUCCGGACAGAUCGACUUCGCUGCCGAAUUUGCCAAGUUCCAUCGUGAGAAUCAAAUCCAAUCCACAGCAACGACUGCUACUAUUAACGGUCCCUCAAAGGCUGCUCAGGCUCCUAGUGGUAAUCCACUGUACUCUACGGAACUGGUAUAUGAUCCAUCGAGUGGAAGCUACAACACUCAGUUGUUCCAGUCCCUGCCUCAAACAAAGGGGGGAGAGUUGAAUCUCAACCAGCGCCUUCAACCUUACGUAGCCCAACCUCAACUUCAGCAGCAAAGACCGUUCAUUCCUUCACCUCAACUGCCAUCUAUAUCGUCUGCACCCGCUUCAAACGUACCAUUGUUCCGUCACCAGAUUCAGCACCAGAACCCUCAAGAGGUCUACCAGAGGCAACAAAAUGAGGCUCAAUUCCAGAACUCCCAACAGCUAUUCGCUCAGCAACAGCAGCUGCAACAAACUCAGUUGCAAAGAGAUAGAGCUGCAGCGAGGGCUCAGGCGCAGAGGCUCGCGCAAGCGCCGCAACCCCAGAGGGCCGCAGCUGGCCCUCAGUACUACUACGUCGCGCCGCGUGGUGAAUCUGCCUCUUCAGGGCAGAUUGACGCCUUCCUCAGAGGGCAUGGCAUCCAGUUCUAGUUUCUCUAUUAGUAGAAUAUCUUUGAGCUAGGUAA